AUAUAAAACAAAGUUUAAUUUAACGAAAGCCAGUUUGUAGACCAAUCAAUUUCCCCAAGCCCAGAGUCUUUGCUGGUGAAGGUCGGGCACAAGCCGUCGCCCACCUCCACCGCAGUCGCCGGUUUCAUCAUCGACUGUGAUCUUACACAACUCCACCGUCUCCGCCACCUCAAUUAGCCUCAACUCUGUAACCUUCUUUUUCCGUUUUUUCCUCCACGACUCGAAAUUCUGCUUUAGACGAAAGCAAUGCCAGCACAAAAGCGCGCUCCGGAGUCAUCUGAGGAUGAUCCUCUCAAACUAGACCGUGAUUGCUCUAUUGCUUGCCCUGAAGAUGAAGAUGCAGACGAAUCCGAUCGGAGCCCGUCGUCGUCCAGUAAUGGAGAGAAAGACAAAUUUAUCAUAGUAAAACUUUCGGAUAUUCGCAAAGAAGUUCAAUGUCCAAUCUGCUUGGGGAUUAUCCGGAAAACAAGAACAGUGAUGGAGUGCUUGCAUCGCUUCUGCAGAGAAUGCAUAGACAAAUCUAUGCGUCUAGGCAACAAUGAAUGUCCCGCCUGCCGCACUCAUUGCGCUAGCCGCCGCUCACUGAGAGAUGAUCCAAAUUAUGAUUCAUUAAUUGCUGCUUUAUAUCCAGAUAUUGAGAAGUAUGAAGAAGAUGAGCUUGCUUUUCGAGAAGAAGAGAGAGUCCGCAAUAAGCAGAUCCAAGCUUCCAUAGCUCAGACCUUGCGUAGACAAUCCGAAGCAGUUAGCAAGAAACGCCCUCCAUCUAUCAGAAGAUUGCAGGGAAAUAACUACAGGAACAACCAAUCAAGAGGGAAAAGGAGCUACAGAAAUGAUGCUGAAUUUCAAGCAUCUGAUGAUAAUGAGGAUCCAACUACAGAAGAUGGAGUAAAAGAUUCUUCUUCUGACGAACAAAUGGCCGAAAGGCCCGAGCGGAGAUCAAAAGGAUUCAGGACACAAGGAGCUGCCAAGUUUUCCCAACCUCCUUUAGCUGCCUGUUCAGAUGGAGCUAGCGAAGACAAUGACUCAGAAGUCAAUAGAGAAAUCCAGGGUGCAUCUUCAAAGCUUGUUUGGGGCAAAGGGGGCAUGCGCAGCCACACGAGACACACGAGACAUGGCAGCAUGAGUGUGGGCAGUAGCAAGAAUGUCAAAAACAACCGCAUUUCAGCACUGGUAGAAUAUCUCCAGACUUCAGACAACAAUUGUGAGGAGCAUGAAGUCCGCCUGCUGUUAUUUUCCUAUGAUCAGAGAAUAAUUCCCAAUUUGCAGCAACCCUAUCUCUGCUGUCGGCCGACCUUGUUAAUCGGACACCUCCGUCAGUACGUUGCUCGUCAGACUGGAUUUCAAGCUGAUGAAAUUGAUAUGUUUUUGAUACAAGAACUGAACCCCAAAAUCGAGCCUUCAACCUCGAUUGAUGUUUUAGUUUCAAAAUCCUUGAUUCCACAUCCCAUUGAAGAUAAUUUUCAAGUUUUGAGGGGACAACAAACCUUAUCAGAGCUUAAAGCCCACCGCUCCACUCGUGGCCAACUGGUAAAAUUUCCUAAAAUUUUCACAUUAUAGCCCACAACAUAAUCGAAGUUAUGUUCUUGUUUUUUUCUAUACCAACCCCGAUUGAUCAAUACCGUUGAUCCCAAGUUCACCAUGCACAGCUUCUGGCAUAUCAGAAGAAGUAGCGCCAAUCACAGCUGGGCUGACUACUGAAGACGACUUGAAAGAACAAGCAUACCACGUCUCCAUUAAAAAAAUAAAUGUAAAAAGUUUACAUUAUAAUGUUAAAUGUCCCACAAAUUUACUAAACUUGGACGCUCUUCAAUCGUGGGUAACAAGUACAGCUCACUUUCUAUUGCUUAGUUCGUAAUUAUUCAAAUAUUUAUUAGGCAGUCUAAUUUUAUUUCCCUCGCCAUUUCAUUGUAAUAUAUGGAAAUUGAUAGUUAAUUUUUCUACUAUUAGAGUUUAUAUCAUUUGCAUG